AUGAGCCACCCGCCACCGCCGCUGCUACCACCUACCGCCGCAACCCACCUCUGUCCUCGCCAUCGCCGUCGCCGCCACCCACCGUCGCCACUGCCACCUCCGAUCAUCGCCACCACCCACCUUCGAUCAUCGCCGCCACCAUUGCCACCACCCACCGCCACCACCGCUACCACCUCCGACCACCGUUGCCGCUACUACCACCUCCGACCACCGUCGCCACUGCUACCACCUUCGACCACCCCUGCCACCACCAUGGCCACCUACCUCCACCGUCAUCCACCACUACCACCACCGUUGUCACCAUCCGCCGUCGUCUCCACCCACCACCACCGCCGCCGCUACAACUGA